GGCCCGCGCGUCCCCGCCAGCCUACCUCUUGGCGGGCGGGUGGUGGUCGAGACCGGUCCGGACCCAUGGUCUCUGGUACAGCGCGGGACGGGCGAUGCCAGCAUGCCAGGAGCCAUGUUUGACCAGGACUGUGGGAAGGUCGUAUUCAUGCUGGAGGCUCUUGUGAGGAGAUGAGUUGGUGAACAGAGAAGCCGGCAUGAAGAUGCUCCCAGGAGUGGGCGUGUUUGGGACUGGCAGCUCUGCCCGGGUUCUGGUCCCACUGCUGAGGGCAGAAGGGUUCACCGUGGAGGCCCUGUGGGGGAAGACUGAGGAGGAAGCAAAGCAGCUUGCCGAGGAGAUGAACAUCACCUUCUACACCAGCCGGACCGAUGAUGUCUUGCUGCAUCAAGACGUGGAUCUUGUGUGCAUCAAUAUCCCCCCUCCACUUACCCGGCAAAUAUCUGUGAAGGCUCUAGGUAUUGGGAAGAAUGUGGUUUGUGAGAAGGCAGCAACUUCGGUGGAUGCAUUCCGGAUGGUGACAGCCUCGCGCUACUACCCACAGCUGAUGAGUCUGGUGGGGAAUGUGCUGCGCUUUCUGCCUGCCUUUGUGCGCAUGAAGCAGCUGAUCGCGGAGCACUACGUGGGCGCGGUAAUGAUCUGCGAUGCGCGCAUCUAUUCAGGCAGCCUGCUCAGCCCCAACUAUGGCUGGAUCUGCGACGAGCUUAUGGGUGGUGGGGGCCUGCACACCAUGGGCACCUACAUCGUGGACCUGCUGACCCACCUGACUGGCCGGAGAGCUGAGAAGGUGCAUGGGCUGCUCAAGACCUUUGUGAGGCAGAAUGCAGCCAUCCGUGGCAUCCGACAUGUCACCAGUGAUGACUUCUGCUUCUUCCAGAUGCUCAUGGGUGGAGGCGUGUGCAGCACGGUAACACUUAACUUCAACAUGCCAGGUGCCUUUGUGCACGAGGUCAUGGUGGUGGGCUCUGCAGGACGCCUUGUUGCCAGAGGAGCUGACCUGUAUGGGCAAAAGAACUCUGCCACACAAGAGGAGCUGCUCCUGAGGGACUCACUGGCUGUGGGUGCAGGGCUGCCCGAGCAGGGGCCCCAGGAUGUUCCACUGCUCUACCUGAAGGGCAUGGUCUACAUGGUGCAGGCCCUGCGCCAGUCCUUCCAGGGGCAGGGGGACCGCCGCACAUGGGACCACAUCCCUGUUUCCAUGGCCGCCUCGUUCGAGGAUGGGCUGUACAUGCAGAGUGUGGUGGAUGCCAUCAAAAGGUCGAGCAGAUCUGGGGAGUGGGAGGCCGUGGAGGUGAUGACGGAAGAACCUGACGCCAACCAGAACCUAUGCGAAGCUCUCCAACGGAAUAACCUGUGAGCCUGCACGUGGGCUCCCUGCCAUGGGGCAGAAGGGAUGGGAAGGGACCAGAAGGAUGAGACAGGAGGUCUUGGCCAUUGCAUACAUAGUGUAUUUCAUUUCAUGAGUCAACUUGGGCAGGGUCCAGGUGAAACCCAAGGUGGCCUUGGAAAACACCCCCUCCAAUGCUCAAGACUUGGAGGGUGGUGGUAUAGCUGAGGGCUAGCAGCUCCCACAGUGUAGCCAAGUAGAGCUGCCCCCAGGUCUCUGCAUAGUCAUGCUGGUGAGCAGAGCCAGCAAAAGCUUGACUUGGAGGCUGCUUCAGCCUAUUUGUGGCCGUAACUAGGUGAGAAAGCACAGCAAGGACCCAGCUUGGCUGAUUCCUCAGGCCUGAGGGAAAACGACAAGAAGCCUUGUUUUCAUGCCCUUCCUGGGCUAGAGCAUCUCAGGAAUGGUGAGGGCAGCAAGCCAUCCCUCAGGGAUCCGUACCUGCCCUCCUUCCCAUAUGCCCAGGCCUUUCCAGCCUCCAGGCUGCCCCUUCCCUGGCAGGGAGGAGUGGGUUCUUCAUUGGGUGAGCUCUCAGGGGCUAUUGACCUGGGGCAAAGGGUCCCUGAUUUGGUGGAGAGGAGACAGGGAGAGUUCUGGAAUAUCUGAUAAAUAUUAAUAAAUCAGAAAGUCUGACACUAUGGCAA